AUGGUAGACGAAGAUGACAUUUCGAACGUCUUUGCAAUUCCAGACUUCCGGGAGCCGUCCAAAUGGCUUGAGAAUGAACUGCCCUUGGCCGACAGUGGCUUCUUUGCUCUCGACCUCAGAGAUGAGGAGUCCUCGUCUCGUUUCAAUCUGCCCGAACCUCAACCUAGCGAACUGUUCACUCUCCCUGCUAUAGACCCUGCCCUGCAGCAGGAGGAGCCGAACACGGCCGAAACACCUGAUUUCACUUUCGAAGAACCUCCGGCAAGGGAAGAGGAGGAAACGGGCGACUUCUGGCUGGAAUUUGACAAACCUGCGCAGAAAAUACCAGAAUACAAGACGUGGGAGGGCUUCGAGUCUCUCAGCAAUCUCUCGGCGAAGCCCCUGUUCAUAACGGAAGCUGGGCCCGGAGCGUUUGAUGCCCUGAUUGGGCUCAAAGAGGAUCCUCUGCGCAUUGGAAGCAUUGGCUUCGCGGUGGUGGAGGCCGAGACAUAUUGCAACGCGCUACUGGCUUUGGCUCUUGGAAGAGAGUCGGUAUUUUUCUCCUGGCAAGAUGAGCAAGAAACUUUCAAGCCAGCCUUGCCUCAAAUCAGGAUACCGGCAUAUUCAGGCAAAGCUGUUCAGGAAGUUCAGCGUUCAUGCCUAAAGUGCGGAAACACAUACCGCCAGCUCCGCAAGUUUGUCGACGGUACAUAUUUGAAGAACCCGACUCCAUGCCGCGUUGCUCUGGCGAGCGCUGUGGACAAGGCCCUGUUGGUGAUUCAGAGCAGUGUCGCCUUGCAUCGCCGACACCCGCGGUCAAUUCUUCAAGUUCAAUCGCUCGUCGCGAAUAUUUACACUAUCUUGCGUCAGUUCGAGUCAUUGGUGUCAAAGAUCCGGCGAGGUCAUCUGGACGAAGAUGUGUUCGUCAUCGUGUUCCAGCAGGCUCAGUCUGCCGAGUACGCUGAGACCCAUCUCAGAGACAUGAUGCGAGAAGUCCUCCGGCGAGUAUCAAAACCCUGGAUUGAGCUUGUCGAAGAGUGGAUCGGCACACGGCGUGAACUUGGCGUGCCUCUAAGCAAGCACGAAGUAGGAAGACAGAAAGGCUUCAUCAAGGUGGAAUCCGAGACCUAUAUUGACGACUUCGGUGACGAGGUUGCCGUGGUCGACUUCCGCCUUGAUGCGAAGCGAAUACCCAGCUUUAUUCCAGAAGACGUUGUCAACUCUCUAUUCGAGGUUGGACGAAACCUUCGUUUUAUAAGGUCAACUCACCCUGAACAUCCUUUGGCGCAAGACAGCGUUAUCUCUUCAAGUGGGCCUCCCACUGUUGAGUGGCUGUUUGACUGGAACUCGAUCGUGCAGUUGGAGAGGAGAAUACGAUCUUAUGAACGUGCAGUUGGUGAAGCCGUCAAGACAUUUUCUUUGCAAGCAUCUGCCGAGGUCGAGGCGCCAGCUGGGCCGAUAGCAAGUUCAAGGACGUAUCAACUACAGCUAUUUGGCCUGGAUGAGGAGCAGCUGCAAAGUAAGCUGGUCGCAUCUAUCCAGGACUUUUCAAAGCCAAUUACCGAUUCGACGUCAGAAGACCUGUUGGGUAUCAUCAUCAGGGAGCACUUGUCUGAUAUCACAACCGAGAUUGCAAGUGCCGGAACCGAGUUUACACCGCAUUGGUCAUUACUUCCGAUCCUCUCAUUCGGAUCCAUCAUAUCUGCGCAGUGUAGAGUCGUGGGCAGGGAAAGUCUCAAAUUGCUCUUCACAUCCCACAACUUGCGGGAGCAUCUGAAGCUGCAAAAAGAGUUUCACUUGUUGGGCAAUGGAUUUUUCUGCAGCCGUCUCUCCCAUGCAUUAUUCGACCCAGAUCUCGAGACAGCAGAGAGACAAUCUGGCGUUGCCCACCAAGGAGGAGUCAUGGGACUACGGUUAAGUGGCAGGGACACUUGGCCGCCCGCCAGCUCCGAAUUACGCUUAGCACUGAUGGGAGUCUUGACGGAAAGCUAUGAGGGACCUCUUGACGAAGGCCUGAAGCCUCGGGAUGGCGAAAAGAGUGAGCUUCCUGGGGAUCUCAGUUUUGGAGUCCGGGGUCUAUCAAACGAGGAAAUCGACAAAUGCAUGGAUCCCAGCGGAUUGGAGGCCCUGGACUUUCUCCGGCUGUCCUACAAGCCACCAGCAGCCCUGGGAGCUAUCAUCUCACCCGUAAUUCUGGUGCAGUAUGAUCGAAUCUUCAAACUGCUGCUCCGAGUACUGCGGAUGCAAUAUACUGUCAACCGUAUUUUCCGUGAGGUCACGGCCCGGGAGUCGGGCUGGCAAGAUGUCGAAGACAUAUCUAUCCGCUUCUGCUUCGAGGCUCGUCACUUUGUUUCCAGCCUCAGUUCCUACAUCUUCGAUACUGGCAUCGAAAUGCCGUGGCAGGGGUUCGAACAAUUGCUAAGCCAAGUUGAGAUCGAUCUCAAAACUGAGGACCACAAUACGCUCUCUGGCUCGGUACUCAACCCUGACCGCUUACGGGAACACCAUUCUCAAGUGCUCGAUCGAAUUAUGCUAGCACUACUUCUGCGCAAGCGGCAACAGCCAGUGCUCAAGCUUCUCGACGAAAUUUUCCGCAUCUUGUUGAAGUUUGCCCAGUACUCGAGACUCCAAGCCGGUGGGCGAAAAUCUCGUGGCCAGGAUGCCGCCACUGCGAAGGGCCUCUAUAAGACGUUCAGGCGGAAUGUCGAGGUUUUCCUGGCGGUUUGCAAGGGCCUGAGUGAGAAGGGAGAUUACGGAAUCAAGAAGGAUAUAGUUGGAGAGAAGGCGAGUUCGGGAAGAGUUGACGCGCUAGAGGAAAAUCCUAUUUCUCAGCUGGUUCUGAAGCUGGAUAUGUCUGGCUAUUACUCCAAGCCAUGA